ACAACAUGCUUUGAAAGGGGCAAUAAAGAUAGCUUCAUAACAGGAAACAAGACAUAUUAUGGUAUUAUAAAGGAAAUUAUUGAACUGGACUAUCAUCACAAAGGAUAUGUGGUGGUUUUCAAGUGUGAUUGGGUUGACAACCGUGCACAAGAUAAAUGGGUCAAAACUGAUCAAUUUGGUGUAACCACAGUCAAUUUCAAGCACUUAUUCAACACCGGUGAGCGGAUAUUAGAUGAGCCAUUUAUUUUAGCAUCACAGGCAGCUCAAGUGUACUAUGUUCCAGAUCCAAUUGAACCUGAGUGGUUUGCAGUUGUUCAAUCAAAACCAAGAGAUAUGUAUGACAUGGAUGAUAUUGCUGAGAAUGAGAACCUAAAUAAUAAUCAUUUUGUGGAACUGCCUGAUCUCCAUUCCAAUGUGACUGUAAAUGUUGUUGCCGGUGAUGUCCCUUGUGUUAGAACAGACAUAGAUGGUAUAAUUGUUGAUGCAAAAAAACCUAGAAAGUAAGUUUUGUUUCCAAAGUAUUCCUGCUAUAUCUUUACAUUUGAGUACUAGACUCUUGCCCAUCUAUUUAUAUUAUCACUAAACCUUAUGUCACUUUGCAGGAGGAAAAAUGCCAAGCGCAGCAAAAAACGGUAAUGAUAGCCUGGCCGCCGAGUAUGACAAGCAGAGGCUUGCAAACAUCGCUGCCAACAAAAGAAGGCUGGCAGCUCUUGAUAUACCGAGUAUGAACACUUCGGUGCAGCAGUGUCAACCCAACAAAAAAGCAAAGAAAAAUCAACAGGCAAGUGAUGUUGCACGUGAACGUCCCAAUUUGCGGCCAAGGCCACAGAGAAAUAGUCAGGAGGAACAUGGCUGUGAAGAAGGUGCCAAUGAAGGUAUUUUAAAUCCUUUCAUAAGAUGUGUCUAUAGCAUAAAUGAUUUAUGGUGAUGUUUCAUGUUUGUCAUGUCAUGUUUCAUAUGUAGAAUUAACUGCUCCAAAUCUUAAUGAUGGAAUACGAGACAAGAGGAAUGGAAGGGGUAUCACUAGAAAGGAGAACAUAUUUUCAAGGACUCCUGAUAUGCCUAAACUCAAAAUUGAACUCAAUGACUAUGGUCAGCCUGUUGGAGAGAAUUCUAAGCAGUUUGCUAGUGUCAUUGGGUGUCAGGUGAGGAAGAAGCUACCACUCCGAUGUGAUGAUUGGAGGCUUGUUGAUCCAGAAAAGAAGUAUGAACUAUGGACUGACUUGCAGACAUUUUAUGAUCUGGAUGAUUCCGCCUUCAAUUGGGUUAUUGCUACAGCAUCAAGAAAAUGGAAGGAGUACAAGUCAACCUUAAAGGAGUUGUAUUUCGAUCCUACAUUAACUGAUGAUGAAUUACUAAGUAGGCGUGAUACAAGAGUCAACGAUGAUGAUUGGAAAUAUCUCAUUGACUAUUGGAGGUCUCCUGAACAUGAAGCUCGCACAUUAAUUGCUAAAGCCAAUCGUGCAAAGUUGAAGCUGACACAUACGUCGGGCAGCAAGAGCUAUGCUCGUUCUGGACAUGAACUGAGUGGUACACUAGGGCGCCCUCCUCGAAGAGACGAGGUCUUUAUCAAAACACAUACACACAAAAAUGGUGUUCCUUCAAGCCAGGCAGCACCAAUAAUUAACAAAAUACAAGACGUUGUUCUAGCUCGGCCAGAAUUGAAGGAUAAAACAAUUCAGGAUGGUGACCUAUUUGCAAAUGCUUGUGGAGAGAAGGAGCCAAGAGGACGUGUCCGUUGUUUGGGUCUAGGACCAACUCCACAAAAUGUGGGCACACCGGGGGUCAAGUGUUACACGCCAACAAGGCUCCAAAUGGAAAUUCUAGCACGUCAAAAAGCUGAACAAAGAGCAGCAGCUCUAGAAUUGCAAAUGAGCCAAGCAAUGGCACGAAUGGACCGUAUGGAGCAAAGGAUGGAGAACACAUCGCAUCAUGGUUCUAAUUCACGAGAGCAUGUGAACACAAACAAUGGAGAAUUUGAAGAUGAGGGACAUCAUCACGAUCAUGAUGAGGAGGGGUAUGCUGCCUCAGACAAUGAGGAUGAGAGCUUGUUUGUCCAACAUGCACCAGCGAGGAACAUUACAUCCACUACAAAGAAUCAUGAUUCCCAUUGCAGUGACAAUGAAAAUCUUGUUGGAAACGAUGUGAUACUAUAUGCUAUUUUGCGAUCUGAUCUCCCUGUGGCCAAAGCAACUGUUAUCUCAACUAAUCCAAACACCGUGCUGGGAGGUCAGCCCCUUGGACGCCAAUUUUGUGAAGUAGUUGUGAAUGUUGUGCUAAAAAGGGAUGCAAUGUUGCCCCAUCCAUAUGCUGAUAUGGAGAUGAUGGCUGAUGCUCUAUCGAUGUCGAUUGCAUGGCCAUACAAGAAAGCAGUGCUGGACGGUGCUAACUACCACUUUUGA